AUGGGCGAUAGCAAAAAAUUAUUCGAAUAUUUUGCAAUUGUUGGCUUAAAAGAUGACGCAGAAGACUUAAUACCUUCGGCUCCCGAAUGUGGAUGUCGCAAUUCGGCGCCGUUAGCACCGAUCACCGAUAUUUGUGUCAUUUUUCCUGGACUUGGAGAAACGGUGCCAGAAGGUUUCGAAGCUAUUGAAAGUACUCCUUUGGGAUAUCCAGCUGAUCUAAAUCACGGCUCAUUACGCGCUCCUUCCGUUUUUAUUUGUUUUCGCCGUGGUUAUCAUAAACCACCUUUGGUUGAUAUUGGUGUUUUGGAUGAAGGUCGUGGCGAAAAAUCAAUGCUCGAUUCAAAUACUGUUUUAACAACUCCAUUUGGUCGUCCAGCCAAUGUUAAUAAUGCAUCACAAGGUUUAUACUUAACGUUUCGGCGGGCUCAAGAUAAUAGUGCUCCAAGUCAGCUUGUUGUUAUGCAUAUGUGUGUUAUAUUAGCUAACAAAGGUGAAUCAGCUCCACAUACUUAUUAUAAGAUCCCCAAGAAUUUAAACAAGGGUAUGGUUGGAUCUCAUGUUUAUUUAUGUUAUAAAAAAUCGCAAGGGAGCUCCAAGCGAUUGGCAUUUAAGCCAGCCGUUCUUGAUUCCUUUCCAAAAAGUGAAAGUUUUUCACUGGCGCAAAAUAUUCCAAUGUUUUGUCUUCCUAUGGGCGCACUUAUCGAAUGUUGGCCUUCACGUUGUCAACAACCUGAUAAAUCAUUUUCAACUUUUGUUCUUACUGACCAGGAUGGAACGAAAUUUUAUGGCUCCUCAGUAUCAUUUUAUGAAAAAUAUAGAGGAUCAUUAAAUGAAGAUCAGCUAGAUAAAUUAGAAAUGUCAAGCGCAAAUGUAACUCAUGGAGCUGUAGAAGAUUCGUCAAAUACAAAUGAUCCAGCUGAAAAGGUUCAGAUGUCGUAUUAUUGUAAUGUAUCUAUUUGCAUUAUAUCUCGUUAUCCAUUCUUCAAUGCAUUCAAACGGUUUUUAUUUUACUUACAUCGGAUGUCUUUGUCAUCUACUCAUACUAUACCCAUUGAGCGCUAUCUGUCACAUUUGAUGUUUGAAGUAUCUUUUCCAUCUCCAAGAUGUCCUAGAGUUUUGGUUCAGUUGGGUAAUGAGACAGUUUCUUUCGAAAUUCACGAUGAUAAACAACUUCCUCUAUCGGGUGCUGCGCUUUUUGAUACACUUAAAUGUCUCGAACCCGAUAACCUUAUGUAUCUUGUUCUAUUGGCACUUCUUGAGCAAAAAAUUUUGGUGCAUUCAUUACGUCCAUGGCUAUUAACUGCUGUCGCCGAAAGUGUUUGUGCUCUUAUGUUUCCAUUCCAUUGGCAAUGUCCAUAUAUUCCUCAGUGUCCGUUAUCGCUCGCUGGUGUACUUCAUGCGCCCUUACCAUUUAUUGCUGAUCCGCCUUCUGAUGUGACAUGCUUUGAUCUCGACACUUCUACAGUUAGCAUUUCAUCGGCUCGUCAAACAAUUAAGCUCAGCAUUUUGCCAAAAAAAGCGUCUCGUCGACUUAGAAACACCCUUGAAAAAUUAUAUCGACGUCUUUACCAGGAAGAAUUUGAUGUAAUCGCAUAUAGAAAAAGUAUGGAUUUUAUGCCGCUUGAUGUUGAUUAUCAAAUUCAGAGAAAAAGGCGAAUGCUAGAAGUAAAAAUCCAAGAUGCUUUUCUCAAAUUUAUGGCGUCUUUGAUGCAAGGUUACACUUCUUAUCUGCGGCCUAUCCGAAGCGAACCGCGCCAGAUUGGUGCCACAGAUACUGGAUCACUUUUUGAUCUUGAUGCAUUUUUGCGCUCUAGGGAUAAGAUUUUUUUUUGCAUGUCCUCGCUGGAAUUCUUCAAACGCUUUAGUGAGACACAAUCUUUCAAUCGAUUUAUUGAAGAACGAUCGUUUGCUUCAGACAAAAAUGCAUAUAAUGCUUUUUUCGAUGAUUGCAUUAUCAAAUUAAAUUCUAUGGAAGACCGUUCCGCAGAGGUUUCUUUUUUGGAUAUCGAUUUAUCGAAUAGUAAUCAAACAGAAUUCACACCACCGCUAGAACCAAUAAUAGAUCCGAAUAAUGAAGAAAUGUUAUUCAAAUAUGAUCAUUUUCCUCGAAAACUCGAUCCAGCUUUAUUUCAACUUGAUAAAUUAUGUUGUAAACCUAAUUUAGAUGGCAAUUCCGCUUCUGCUUUACCUACAAAUGGUCUUGAAAGUGCUCUUUUCCGUACGAAACAAGAAUCGCGAAGUUCUCUUGAAAUGGCUGCACACAAUAUUAACCAUUCUCCACUGGCAUGGCCAAAAACUUUAUUGUUUUAUGCUUAUUCCAUAUGGUUCAUGUUACUUCCCUCAUUAUUACAAAUAGCGAAAUGCAAGCGUAAAAUUCUGCGACUCGCUGUUCAUGUUUUGUACCGAUUGGAGGAGAGUGGUAUUAUACCACUGGAUCAAGUGUGUUAUCGAAUUGUGAUACAAAUGUGUGGUGAAUAUGACCAGCCAUUGCUUGCAGUCAAAGUACUACAGGCCAUGCAACGCAAUGGCUUGGAACAAAAUGCGGUAACUUAUGGAAUCUAUCAUCAAGCUGUUUUAAAAGCCAAUUGGCCUACUGGAUGUAGACUUGCUGCUAUUAGAGCUUGGAAUCGUAUAGCUCUAGUAUUGCGCGCAGUUAUUUUUUUCAAACAAAAUCUUACAAUGUAUUCAGGGCGAUCCAAUAGUAAACAGGCAUUAAAUAGUAAUGAUGUGGAGUUAGAUAUUAGUGGUUCUACAAGCGAUGGGAAAAAAACUAUACAAGAAAAUGAAAAUCAGAAUGACGUGACACCUUCUGUCGAAAUUGUAUCCAAUACGCUUGGAGGAGCAUAUAAUGCGCAAUCGAUUGAUGUAAAUGGCGAUGCUCUAAUUGAUCCUCUAGGAGCUCUCUUGCUCAAUUCAAAUAGUGAAGAAAAAAAUUCAGAUCUAAUGGCAGCAAGAGAAACAAUGAGUCCAAGUCGUGCGCGUUUUAUCAAGGAACAUAGUAGUUCACCUUUCGCUCAUUUUUCUAUAUCCAAUUCAACUAGCAGUAAAUCUGUUGAUAAAUCUUCUUCAUGGAUUCGUGGCAUUACUGAUCCUCUUGUUAACAAGCUUAUGCGAAGCGGCACAAUAGGUAAUUAUGAUUCUACAUCAGAAAUCAACGAUUCAUCAAUGACACUAUCACCAACUUUAACAUCUAUUGUAACUCAUAUGAAAAAAGGUUAUGGUAGCGCUGUGCAGAAUAGUAGUUUCUCAUCUCGUUUGAGAGAAAGCGUAAACUCUUUAGUCAAUGAAGUACGGAGUCUUAAUCGUUCCUAUGCUAAAGAAGGAACUGAAAGCAGUUCAUCUUCACAUAAAGAUGAUUAUGAGGAUCCUUUUCAAGAUGCAGCCAUGAUAAGCGAUUUGUUUAUGCUUGACAAUGGUAUUCCUAAAUCGGGUUUAAUUUCGGACUGGUGGAUCGCUGACCAGUUUGUUGGAUCCACUUCCAACACAUCAGCUAUUCUUGAUAUCACUGUUGCUUCAUGUUCUAUGUAUUUAAUGGCUGGAUGGGCUAUUGAUGAAUCUAAUUUGAACACAACCUGUAUUUUUUGCAAUUUCGCAUUUGUUCCAUCGUUGACAAUCAAAAUACGGCAUCAGUCAUAUGUUCGGCAGAGUUGGUAUGAUCUAUUAAUUUUUUCCAGUGAUGGCCCGGGAAAUUCGGAACAAAUAUCUACUCCCAGCUCAGAUGAUCCAGAUAUCGACGUUCAGUCGCAGAUUUCGGUUCCAUUCGUUAGUCCUCUUGUCUUGCGGCGUGAACUUGAAAAUCUUUUGAACAAUAAUUUCUCACUUUCAAUGAAUAAAUCUUUACAACAGUCACAUCCAAUAGUUUUCUGGAAUGUAUUGUAUUAUACACGUCGUCUUUCUCUCCCCACCCAUCUUCCUAGUUGGCUCGGUACCAAAGUGCAUGUUCGUUGUGUCUAUGAUGUACCUGAAAUACACACGGAUAAGCCUCCCCUUUAUUUUGUUAAUCCCGACCAUCCCGCUGGCGUAUUUCCUUCCAUAAAGCGUCCUGUUGGAGUUUAUUGGCAUGUGGUUGAAGCAUUACAACAGUCAAGUGUGUAUCGAGCACUUCUUACUCUUUUAGUGGAGCAUCGACAUAUUGUUGGUGAUGUAAAAAUUCGUCAGCAUUUUCCUUUCUACAGAGAUAUACAGUUUUUGGCAGCGGAUCGUUACGGUCAAGCAGUUAAUAGAGAUCAGUUAGAUUUGCGAUACCGAUUUGAUUUCGAACGUCUUCCUCCGAGAACUCUAUCUGUAUUGCCAAUUGAAGAUAGACCACAAAAGAGUCUUUGUAUUGCUUGUCGAAAAAUAUUUUUGCCGCUUGAUCUAAUCUAA